GAUAACAUAAGAAAAAAGGCCAAUAAAUAUUAUGCAAGGUAGUGGUGGCGCCUCCUCGCGGGGUGCGGGCGAGGCUGCGUCACGUGACGGGGUGACGUCACGGCGCAGAGACGUGGCAGUCGUCAGCCAUCUUGUCUGAUCCGCGUUCUGAUAAAUCCUUGGCAAAAUGGGGAACAUAUUUGCCAACCUCUUUAAGGGCCUCUUCGGCAAGAAGGAGAUGCGAAUCCUGAUGGUCGGACUUGACGCGGCUGGCAAGACUACAAUCUUGUAUAAACUCAAGCUCGGAGAAAUUGUUACUACAAUUCCCACCAUUGGUUUCAAUGUUGAAACUGUGGAGUAUAAAAAUAUCAGUUUCACUGUAUGGGAUGUGGGCGGCCAGGACAAAAUCAGGCCCCUGUGGCGUCACUAUUUCCAGAACACGCAGGGCCUCAUCUUUGUUGUAGACUCCAAUGACAGAGAACGUAUUGGGGAGGCCAGAGAAGAGCUAAUGAGAAUGUUAGCAGAAGAUGAGCUUAGAGAUGCAGUGCUGCUCAUUUUCGCAAAUAAACAGGAUCUUCCCAAUGCCAUGAAUGCUGCAGAAAUCACAGAUAAGCUUGGCUUGCAUUCAUUGAGGAACCGUAAUUGGUAUAUCCAGGCUACAUGUGCCACAAGUGGGGAUGGUCUGUAUGAAGGCUUGGACUGGCUCAGUAACCAGCUGAAGAAUGCUAACCGCUAAUUGGCCAUCAGAGGCGUACGACGUUGAAUCAGUGGGUGUUGAUGUAACAAAAGGAUCAACAGUUUUUAAGGCCCACGCUGCACAGGAAAGUCAGUGAUGAGAUGGAAAACAAGAAGACUAUAUAAAUAAGAGUUCAGUGUGACACAAACACUGUGAGCAUGAUGGUUAAGGCGGCUGGGAGCAGUACGUUCCCAGCCAAGGUAGAAAGAUUUUUGGUUGGAAAAUGUGCAGUGAUGGAACAAGUGACAGGCUGAACAGUGCAGCGAUGAUCUUGCCCUCUGCGUCAAUGUGAACGACUUAAAAAGCAGUGAACAGAGAAUGAACCUUGCUGCCUGUCCAGUCUCAAGCUAACUACAUACAGCCUGAGGUCAGGUCAUACCGGGACCCAACGUUCUCAUCUUCAGUAGCACGAGAACUUAAAAUCAGGACAUGGGCCCCAGUAUGCAUCAUGGCUGAGAGUAAUGCCUUUAUACUGGUGUUUGUGCAGUUGAAAAACAAAGCUACAGAUAAUUCUUACUUUUCUUUUAUUAUAAGGAUAUUGUUUCAUUUUUAAGGUAGGGAUUUUUAUUAGAUUGUGUUUGCAGCUCACAUCUGUGUUAGAAUUGGUGCACAUUGCUAAGUUGGAAAUUUAAAGGAACUUUUUAUUAGAUGGGACAGACCAUACGUCAAAGUUGGAACAUUCCCGUUGAUGUGAAGCUUGUCAUAUUGUCUUUGUUUAUUCCUUGGAUUACAUGAAUAUAUUAUCUAAUACCAAUGUCCUUUCCCGAUAUUGUUAAAGCAAAGAGGCAGAUUUCCGUACAGGAAGUACAUUGAUAAAUAUGCUCUUUGACUAAAUGUAAUAAAAGGAUUUGUGCUUAA